AUGUCUCCUAACAAACGCCAUUUCCCAUGUGAAGAAGAGGAAGUAUCAGCUCAUUACAAGAAAGCAAAACAACUGCCUCCUUUAUCAAGUAUUGUUCUCAAUUCUGCUGAUUGUGAUUUAGAUUUCAACAUUGAAUGCAAUGGACUUGUUGGAUAUGGCCUUAAUGAGGAAGGCUUUGGUUAUUGUUGGUCUGGUGCUAGAGCUAAUGUUGGAAUAACAAAUGGUAGAUAUUGUUAUGGCUGUGUUGUUGUUUCUGCUCAACAUGUUGAUACUGAUGACACUGCUCCUGAUCAGCGGCACCUAUGUCGUCUUGGCGUUUCUAGAGGUGAUGGUGUCGUUGGAGCUCUUGGUGAGACCAAACACAGUUUUGGUUAUGGUGGCACCGGCAAGUUUUCCAAUGCCGGAAAGUUUUCGAAUUAUGGUGAUAGGUUUGGUGUAGGCGAUAUAAUAGUUUGUUGCGUUGAUCUUGAGAGUAAACCAUUUGCUUCUAUUGGUUUCUCUAAGAAUGGUAAAUGGUUGGGUAUUGCAUUUCAAUUUCAUGCCGGUUCCCUCGGUUUUGGAGCAGAUUCUUCUUUUCCAAAUGUUUCACCUUGGGAAUGGGCACUUUUUCCGCAUGUCCUGUUGAAAAAUGUCGUGGUUCAGAUGCAAUUCAGUGUUGAACAAGGACUUGUUCCUCAAGAAGGGUUCAGACCUUGGGCCCUGGCUGUGGCGGAUGGAAAUGCGGUUAUGGGACCUUCGUUUUUGGAUCCAAAGCAUUGUGAAUUGAUGAUGCUAGUGGGAUUACCGGCUUCAGGCAAGACUACAUGGGCUGAAAAAUGGGUGAAAGAUCACCCUGAGAAGCGUUAUGUCUUGCUUGGUACAAACUUAAUUCUUGAACAAAUGAAGGUUCCUGGGCUGUUGCGCAAAAACAACUACGGUGAAAGGUUUGAUCGUUUGAUGGACAAGGCAACUUCAAUGUUCAAUGUAAUUUUGUCACGGGCAGCUAAUGUACCUCGCAAUUAUAUAAUCGAUCAGACAAAUGUGUACAAAAAUGCACGCAAGCGUAAGCUUAAUCCAUUUGUCAAUUAUCAAAAGAUUGCUGUUGUUGUGUUCCCAAAGCCAGAAGAGCUCAAGAGACGAUCCGAAAAAAGAUUUAAAGAAAUGGGCAAAGAAGUUCCAGUUGAUGCUUUGAAUAACAUGAUAGCUAAUUAUGUUCUACCUAAAAGCAAGGAUUUUCCAUAUUCCGAUGAAAACUUUGAUCAGGUUUUGUUUGUUGAACUGAAUCGAGGCGCGUCUCAGAAAUAUUUGGAUCAAAUGAAGCAAGAUACUCUGCCUCUAUCUAAUAACAACCCGUCAACAUUAUCGGACAGAGGUUCUUCUCAGUCUUCUUCCAAGCCUGCAUUGCAAAAUCAAGGAAGUUCAAAAGGAAAUGGAAUUCACCAGUGGAGAGCUCAUUCUCCCAUCUCCCAAACCAUCUACAGGAUGCCUAGUCAAGUCAAUACAGGUGGUCAUAUGAAUGAACGUCAGCUCAAUAUGUAUCCAUUGUAUGGAGGAUAUCCAAGCAGUCAAAUUUCACAUGUUGCAAGAUCAACCUUUCCCCGUGGACGCUAUUCCAAUGACGAAGCAUCUUGUUUUCCUAGAGAUAAUGCUGAUUCUAAUAGAACUUACAGUGACAUCGAUCCAUAUGGAAACUCUAUUUUGGGUAGCCAGUAUAGGCCUAGAAGUGCAGUGAACAACAACAUGGUGUCAUGGAUUGCACCAUUAAUGAGGAUUAUGGAGAAAUUGAAAGACACAAAGUUCAAUCGAGAGGAAUUAAGUGAUAUCUUUGCGGUAUUGUUCUGCGUCACGGGCUACACCAUUGAUGAAGAUUAUGAGGAAGUUGAAAGACUCAAAGUUCAAUCGAGGAUUGUACCAUUAAUGAAGAUUAUGAAAAAAUCGAAAGACACAAAGUUUAAUAGAGAGGAAUUAAGCGAUAUCUUUGCGGUAUUGUUUUGCGUCGCAAAUUGCUGCAUUGAUGAAGAUUAUGAAUAUACAUUCUACUUAAGAAUUGAUAUGUUAGAAACAUUAGAAAGGAUAGAGAUUAAUUUGUCAUCUAGAUAUUGCAUUAUGAAAUCUUCACUAGCCAUUUCUUCAAAUUUAUUAUUCAUUCAUUUGGUUUGGCAACAAAAAUAUGAUUACGAGGAUUUUGUAUUAAUAAAAUGA